AUGGGGGCGGAGAGGAGGCACCUGAUCCAGGGCGCCGCCCCAUGCCCCGGCCCACGCGAGCAGGACCGCCCGGGAGGAUGCUGCGGAUCCUUAACAAACUACCUGACCUCGGCCAAGUUCCUUCUCUACGUGGGCCAUUUCUUAUCCACUUGGGGGGACCGGAUGUGGCACUUCGCGGUGUCCGUGUUCCUGGUGGAGCUCUACGGGAACAGCCUGCUGCUGACGGCCGUCUAUGGGCUGGUGGUGGCAGGAUCCGUGCUGGUCCUCGGGGCCAUCAUCGGUGACUGGGUGGACAAGAACGCCAGGCUUAAAGUGGCCCAGACAUCGCUGGUGAUACAGAACGUGUCGGUCAUCCUGUGUGGCAUCAUCCUGAUGAUGGUCUUCUUGCACAAGGACGAGCUGCUGACCAUGUACCACGGAUGGGUCCUCACUUCCUGCUACAUCCUGAUCAUCACCAUCGCCAACAUCGCCAACCUGGCCAGCACCGCCACUGCCAUCACCAUCCAGCGGGACUGGAUCGUCGUGGUCGCAGGCGAAGACAGGAGCAGACUAGCAGAUAUGAAUGCCACGGUUCGAAGGAUCGACCAGUUAACCAACAUCUUGGCGCCCAUGGCUGUUGGCCAGAUUAUGACCUUUGGCUCCGCGGUCAUCGGCUGUGGCUUCAUUUCUGGGUGGAAUCUGGUGUCCAUGUGCGUGGAGUACUUUCUGCUCUGGAAGGUUUACCAGAAGACCCCUGCAUUAGCCGUGAAAGCCACUCUCAAAGUGGAGGAAGCUGAGCUGAAACAGCUGAAUUUACACAAAGAAACUGAGCCCAAACCCCUGGAGUCCACUCACCUGAUGGGGGACAAAGACCCUGCGGUGCGUGCGCUGGAGCCGGAGCCCGAGCCCAGCUGCGGGGAGCAGCUGGCCGAGCCCUUCCGCACCUUCCGCGACGGCUGGGUCUCCUACUACCACCAGCCCGUGUUCCUGGCGGGCCUGGGCCUCGCCUUCCUCUACAUGACGGUGCUGGGCUUCGACUGCAUCACCACGGGCUACGCCUACACACAGGGCCUGAGCGGCUCGGUGCUCAGCCUCCUGAUGGGCGCCUCGGCCGUCACCGGCAUCGGGGGCACCGUGGCCUUCACGUGGCUGCGGCGCCGGUGCGGCCUGGUGCGCACCGGGCUCAUCUCGGGGUGCGCGCAGCUCUCCUGCCUGGUGCUGUGCGUGGUGUCCGUGUUCAUGCCGGGCAGCCCGCUGGACCUGUCCGUGUCCCCCUUCCAAGACAUCCGCUCCAGGUUCAUCCAGGCCGAGCCCCUGCCCGCGAUGCCCACGGGCGCCCCCGGCCCCCUCUUCUCCACGGGCGGGCCCGCGGCCAACGGCUCCGUGACCACCCUCGCCGCCCCGGAGUGGGAGCUGGGGCUGAGCCCCGAGUCCGUCCUCUCCGUCAGCCUGCUGUUCGCGGGCGUCAUUGCUGCUAGGAUCGGCCUUUGGUCCUUCGAUUUAACUGUGACACAGUUGCUGCAAGAAAAUGUAAUAGAGUCAGAAAGAGGCAUUAUAAACGGUGUCCAGAACUCCAUGAACUACCUUCUCGACCUCCUGCACUUCAUCAUGGUGAUCCUGGCCCCCAACCCGGAGGCCUUCGGCCUGCUCGUGCUCAUCUCCGUCUCCUUCGUGGCCAUGGGCCACAUCAUGUAUUUCCGGUUUGCCCAGAAGACCCUGGGCAACAAGCUUUUCGCCUGUGGUCCUGUCGAAAAGGACGUUGCGAGCGAAGACCAAGCUUCCACGUCUGCUGUGUGAGCCCGUCUCGCCGGCUGGUCCCUGUUACUAGGUUACACAGAGCGCGUGCUUGUUUGUGCUUCACAUCCCCUACGUGGCUGGGUGUCCCUCUGGUUUUACCACAACGGUGUCCUGAAGGCUAAACGCUGUUUCCGAAACCUCAGUCAAGUGAGUGAACUGGUUGGCUUCCCUUCCAUUCCAGGAUGGGAAAAAGUAGGAAAGGAAAAAGCCUAAAGAUAGAGACUAAAAUGGCACAUACACUGAUUUUCCCCUGUUUCUACCGAGUAGAGAAAAUUUUCCAUAAAAGAGUGGUGAGUCGGGUGAAUUAAGUUAAUUUUUGGCAGAUAUUUAUUCUCUGUAGUAGAAUUCAGAUGUCAGUUUGCCCUAAGACUCACUCUCGUUCAAUCCGGCUAAUUCCUUUAUAAAAACCAGUUCUCCUCCGAGCAGGA